AUCCUCGUGAUCUUUUCCACCAACCGGCCCUAUGGCCAUCUCUCAACACUUGGAUGACAAUCCCACGUUCCACUGCUUCUGCUGCAUGCCAAUCUUGACCUUUAGCUGCUGCUUCGACCCGUCCGACUCUGGGCAAGGCAAAAGGUGGACUUUGUGUCCGCGAGUGGAGCGGCGGCAGCGAAGACCACAUCGGAGGAGGCGAAGCUUUUUGCUCUGCUUCGGCGGUGGGCUGGAAUGGGUGGAGGGACAUCGAGAUGGAGGAGAGCGGCGAAGAGGAUCGGCUUCCCAUGUGCUUCCUUCCCCGGUGACGCCCCUUCCGAUGAAACGAUCUCAUGCUCCACCGCUAGUAAAAUGGACGAGAUUGCAGAAGAAAAACCUGAGGGAUUAGAGCAAAAAGGUGCCCCUGAUAAUAAGAGAGCAUGCGCAAUAUGCUUGGAGCAUCUCAGUUGUGAUAAUGGAAGCGCUGAUGUCGCUGGCAACCAGAGAAUUUUCACAGCUCAAUGCAUGCAUACUUUUCACUUCAUGUGCAUUGCAUCCAACGUCCGGCACGGAAGCAUUACAUGCCCGAUCUGCCGAGCACAUUGGUCACAGCUGCCACACGAGCUCACUGCACCCUCCAUAAACAACACUGAUCCCGUCCUCCGCAUCCUCGAUGAUUCAAUUACCGCUUCCAGCGUCAACCACAGAUCCUUUCUCCAUGCCAAUUGUUACAAUGAUGAUGAACCUGUCGAGCUUGACGAAGACACUGAACCCAUCCACCCUCGCCUCCACUUUGCGAUCAUUCCAGCUUCAGCACCAUCAGCUGUGUCUCUGCAGCAGGAUACUUCACCGAAUGGGCAGAAGAGAGCCUACCUAUCUGUAAAUCUCUCUCAGAGACAGGCAAUUGAUCUGGUUCUUGUCGCUAGCCCGAGUGGGUCUUAUCUAAGGCUCCUCAAGCAAUCCAUGGUGCUUGUGGUCCUCUCGCUGCGUGCUGUAGACCGGCUGGCCAUCAUCACUUAUGCCACCACUGCUACUCGUGCCUUUCCUCUAAGGCGGAUGUCUUCUCAAGGGAAGCAGGCAGCAGUGCAAGCCAUCGAUCGCAUAGUUUAUGUUGGAGAAGCUGAACCUGCUGAAGGGCUCCGGAAAAGUCUCAAGAUACUGGAGGACCGAGUGCACCGCAACCCACUUGCUUGCAUCCUUCACCUUUCAGACAGUUCGACCCGAAGCUAUGUUUGCAGAGACCUAGAGUUCCCAAUCCCGGUUCACAGAUUUCAUAUCGGCUCUGGGUUUGGGAAGUCAACUGGGGGUAUACUGCAGGAGUUUGACGAGUUCUUAGCUAGAUUGUUUGGUGGUAUGAUCAGAGAGACGCAACUGAGGAUAGGAGGUGAGGGCAGUUGGAUAGUGUUGGGAGAUCUGAGGGGAGGAGAAGAAAGGAGGAUACCUGUGGACCUGAUUGGUAAUUGCGGCUUCCUCGCUGUCAACUACAGCUAUGUUGAAGGAGGAGCAGAGCAGAGGUUAAGCACAGGAGAAGUGAUGGUUGCCGCACUGACUAACGAUGACAGAUGGCACACAGUGUGAGGUCGGACAAGACGAUCUGUGUGUCAGUAGAGGAAGAAGUAACACUGUUAGAGUAGAGUGUUCGGGUUACCUUGGCCGAUUCAUGGCUCAAAGAAGGGUAAACCAUUUGCGCCCACACAAAGAACGAUGAUGCUAAUUGUUCGAUAACUGCAAACAAUAUGAUCUACAGGUGAAAGAAUGAGUUCUUGGUUCA